AUGUACAAGAUGAUUUCUACUCCUUCAGCUCUCCUCGUCGCUGUUCUUGCGAUGAGCGCUGUAACAACCUUUGGUGCUCCAAUCCCGUUCACUCCUGGUACCGCCGUUACCCGCGACGCACAUUCUGUUGACGCACGUUAUGCUGACGCUGUGCUACCUGAUAAGCGUGCAGAGGCUGUCGAUAUCGGGCGCCGGUUCCCGCGCCGUGCUUUAUACGAUUAUCACACUAAUGUCGCGCGGGAAGAGGCUGCUAAAAGGGAACCUGCUCCUGAACCAGCGAAGAAAACUAAGAAGAAGAGAUCUAACAAGAAAGGAAGGAAGGCCAAGCGGUCGCUCGCGACAAGAGAGAAGGGCAGCUGCCCCUGCAGUUCAGGAUCUGGUUCUUCCUCUGGCGCAACUUCAACGACAGGCGCUAGUUCCGGUGACAACUCCAGUACUGGCUCCGCAGCUGGUUCCAGCGCCAGCUCUACCUCGUCCUCUGACUCCGGGUCUGGCUCGAGCUCUAGCUCAAGCUCCGGUUCCAUGACAGGAAGCUGUGGAUCGUCAAGCUCAGGUUCUUCUUCCACCGACACCGGGUCUGCUACUUCAGCUUCUGGCGCUGCUGGCUCCACUGACUCUGGCUCAUCUACUGAUUCGGGUUCUGCUGCCUCAGCCACUGGUGCAGCUGACUCUGGCUCAGCCACAUCCACUGCCUCGGGCACCUCAGCAACUGGGUCCACUGACUCUGGAUCUGGUUCUUCAGCGACCGGUGCGGCUAAUUCCACUGACACUGGGUCCUCCACCGACUCAGCGUCUGGAGCCUCAGCAAGUGGUUCCACCGACAGCGGCUCAGCCACAUCCGCCGCUUCUGGAGCUGCAUCUACUGAUGCUGCCUCUGGUUCCGCGGACUCUGGCUCAGCUACUGGCACCGCUGCCGCUGCCGGAUCUACUGCCACUGACGCUUCAUCCGCCUCCGCUCCUGCUGCGGCAGCAGCUGGAGCAUCCGCUUCAGCUUCAUCAUCGGCUUCCGCUGGUCGCCGUGAAAUCAAGAGCCGGGUUACUCGUCGAUCCUACUCUCCGGUUGGUCCCUGGAGGUUGUAA